AUGGCGAAGGCAAAGCCCAAAGCAUCAGCAAAAAGCGCAAGUGGGGAGGAGAAGGCCACGGGGGCCCCGGCUGGGUCUAUGUGGUCUACGUAUGUUGCGCUGAUCGUAGGAGUAUUGGUACUGGUAGUUGCCCUUGUCGUGGCCGCGAGCGGUUCUACAAGACAAGGUGCUGAAAGCUCGCAGUCAGCUGCAGGCGUCACAGAGGAGACAGGUAACUUGGACGGCACAAGUGCCGGUGAUAAGCCAGUCAAGGAAGUGGUGAAGACGAAGAAGCCGGCACAGACCAAGGCAAAGAAAGUGCCCGUGGUUCAGGACGGCCCCUACAAGUGGAAUCCGAAGACGCUCUCAGUGGUCUUGCCUUGCGCGGGCGAGGGGCUUUUCGCCAAGAAGACGGUCAUGUCAGUUGCGGAUUCGGUUCCUGGCGGGAUUGGCGGUGGCAUUCUGGAAGACAUCGUGGUUGUAGAUGAUGGCAGCCAGCCGCCUCUGGAGAAGGACUUCAUCACUCAAGAGUUUCGCAAAGAGUAUCCUGUCAAGCUUGUUCGCCACAAGAAAGCCGUGGGCCUCAUGGGUGCGAAGUCUGCAGGUGCAGCCAAAGCUUCUGGCGAUGUCAUCGUAUUCUUCGAUUGCCACGUUGCCCCACAGGACUCUUGGUAUCGAGAGUUCUUGGAAAGCAUUGCUACGAACUACCGCCGCAUUGUUGUUCCUGUCAUAACCAAUCUUGACAUCGACACCUGGAAGGAGGUAAAUCGCAACCAAGGCUUUGCGAAGUGUUACCUCACUUGGGACGCAGACUUCAAGUGGGUUGAAAGCACUACACCAUUCAUGCCUGUCCUGUCGGGCGGCUUGCUUGGGAUCUCGAAACGCUGGUGGAAUGAAACAGGAGGAUAUGAUGAUGGAAUGAGUGGCUGGGGUGGGGAGAAUGUUGACCAGUCACUGAGGUCGUGGCUGUGCGGUGGCGAGAUUGUUUCGCUGCCGAAUGCUUUUGUCGCUCACAUGAGGGAGGAUCCGCGCACGGUACAAAAUUAUGAGGUCUCCGGGGUGGACUCGGUGAAGAACAAGGCACGCGCUGUGCUGGCAUGGUUUGAUGACUUCCGCAACAAAGCUGCUCAGUAUCCCGCAAUGUCAUAUGUGGGUCUGCUGGACGGCCAGCAGUCGCAGGUAGACCUCAACCGUGAUGUCAGCAACUUCGAAGAGGAGUUUCGGAGUUUCCUCGGGAUCCUUGAGCUGUGCUCAAUGCCUCUCAUGUCUCUUCCCUUUCUCAUUUCAUUCUCAUCCAUCUCCCGUUUCCCUUUCAUUGAUUGUCGUUUUAAGGAGUCAGGCGUGUCGGGGUCACGAUCGCCUCAUAACUGUCGUGGUCUUUGGAUCGUUCUGGCGCUCGUUUCAGAAGUGUCACUGGUCGCCAUCUUGGUUCUUUGCGACAGCCCAGAAAUGGCACGCGCGGACUCGCACUCAGUGGAAGGGAAUCUUCUCGUGACCUUUCCGAUGCCGAAGUCCGCAAGGAGCUGGAACACGGACCAGUGCCUGGUCACGCAGCUCGUCGAGGGGGGCAUGGUGCAGACACACGUCUGCGACGUCUCUGGCAAGCAGGACAGCGCAGGCGAGCUCGCUAAGCUUGCGAAGAGCUUGCGAAGAGUCUUGAUCUUGAUGCUGCAGCUCGUUACGACAAACAGAACAGGGCAUAGCGUCACGACGGGCCACUGCAAGGAGCGAUGCUUGGUGCGAGACAAGAAAGCAGGCCGGGAUGGCAGCCUCAAGGUGGACCAAAUGAAACUUGUCGAAUGCAGCAAGGCAGCAAAGAACGGUCCCAGAUGGGAGAAACUCGACGCAUUCGAGCCUCUGGAGACCCAGUUGUACGAGAAGGCUCUGAAGGCGACUCCGGAGAUCUUCGUCGAAUGA